UUUGGGCGGCCGCUGCGCCCAUUCUGAGCCUCUGGUGUCAUUGGAAGAGGCUGGAGAAGUUGGAGUGAGGGGGGGAAUCGGGGUAGUUGUGAGUAAUGGGAUAGCCCGGAUACACUUUAGCUCUUUUGUAGCUGCUUCGGGAAGCGCUGCGAUAUUUUGUUGCAAAAGAUUUUAAAUCCAUUUAGAAAGGGAAUCCGGAACCGCACCCCUUCUCCCCGCUGCUUCCCUCCUCGGACUGGACGCAGAGUUGCCAGUAAAGGAAAUGUUACGAAGCUUGCUGGCUGAGAACCACAUGGCAGGCCUGUCCCCUCUGGUGAGGACGUGUCUCGCACAGACGCUCCUGAGAAGAUUGGAUCUCAUGAUCCAUAUGUAAACCCAACUGUCUGAGAAAAGGUUAACAACAGGCAUUCAUGAGAGGAAGAAAAAUCACUUCAAACAGGAAAGAGUUUUUUGAAGUGACCUUUUGAAGUGACCUUGGACAGCCUUUUGUCAGAGAGAUGGAGACCGAAGAGCUCCCUAACAAUUUGGUUAAGAAGCAGAAGGGACUGCUGCCGCCCAGUCAUUGGCUGUGGAGACCAGCGCUCGCUCUGCAUCACCUGUUCGUUCGUCCUCCUGGACCUGUAAACUCUUCUCACCUGUCGCAGAUCUGGGAGACAAUGUUACAGCUCCACAAUGUGCUGCAGUUGAUUGACAGGCUAUCAGCAUGUCUACUCCCCUGAGACAUAAAGGCACAUGGAUUGGACACGAGAGGCUGGAGCCCAAUAUAUGUUGGCGAAAGGAGCAAAACGAAAGUUUAGUGAACAUGAAGAUGGGGUGGAAGGCAAAAUGUCCUGUGGGCAUGGCCCUUCUAAGGUGUCGUACACCUUGCAGCGUCAAACUAUCUUCAACAUUUCCCUCAUGAAACUUUACAACCAGCAACCGCUAAUGGAGCCCAGCUUGCAGAAGACAGUAUUAAUUAACAAUAUGCUGAGACGGAUUCAGGAGGAACUGAAACAGGAAGGCAGCUUAAGACCAAUGUUCAUUGCCCCUUCUCAGUCCAGUGACACACUCAAUGAUAACUACAGAGAGGUCCAGCCUGCCUUCAACCAUCUUCCUGCUCCUCCAGUCCAGGUGACUAGUUUAGCAAGCACUACAUCUCCAGACUCCUGUCUGACUCCAGCCUCCAUACUCGAGGAAGAUACCUUUAGCAGCUGUCAGACUGUUGAACUGGGCACAAGCAAAUCGCAAAACCAUUCGCUGAAAGAUAGUUUCUCUUCAGCCUUGGAUGAAAUUGAGGAGCUGUGUCCAUCUUCUGCCAUCGCUGACUCAAAGAACUGUAAAGGUGCCUCGAGUGAGGGCAGCAGUGAAAAACCUGAAGAGAAUCAAGAGGACAGACCAUCUGAGACCAGGUUCACAGACGCAUUACCAGGCAACUUUGAGAUCACCACCACAGGCUUCUUAACAGAUCUGACACUUGAUGAUAUCUUAUUUGCAGACAUUGACACCUCCAUGUAUGACUUUGAUCCUUGCACAUCCACCACCGGAUCAAGCUCAAAAAUGACUGCAGUCACAGCUGAUGACAUUUUGAAAACCUUAUCUCCCUACAGUAACCAAUCAGUGACUCCAAGUCAGCCUUUCAAAAUGGACCUUGCAGAAUUGGACCACAUAAUGGAGGUUCUUGUUGGGUCUUGAUAUGUCCAAAAAAAGACUAGAUUUUGAUACACUAUUUACAGAUAACAUUCGUGUAAUUAUCGUUUUAAAUGUGAUGGAGUCAUUGCAAAUUCUGUGCAUGCAUUUUUGCUUGCCUCUAUACGAUAACAAUUAUGCUAGACAUUGUUUGCUAUAGAGUUGGGAACAUCAUCUGUGUCUGUCCUCUUGUAAACUUUUUUUAAAUGUUUUAUUCACCACCGCUCUCUCACUGAAAGAGCUAUGAAUACUUGCUUUAGACAAGGAUUGUCUUCAGAGUGUGUGAUGUGUUAAUUCUGAAACAUUGUGCAAUGUGUACACUGAGCACAAAGCGCACGUCAAAAAUAUGAUGAAAUGUGUACAUAUGGUUUUCUUUUUUUUUAACAGUAAGCCAGAGUCUAAACAUUUUUCUUGUUGUCUUUAGUUCAGCUGUUCCAUUCAUUACUAACUGACCAUUGCUCUUUUAAACCUGUGCUCUGAGUUUAUUUUGUAUUUUUGUACAGGAUUGGCAAUUAACCAUAUUCUUUUCUAAAAGACUUUUUUUAUACACCGAGAUAGUUAUUUUGCUAGGAUGUGCUGUCACAAUACUCUAAAGUUCAGAUGAACAAGAGUAACUUGUACUUUUAUACAAAAAGAUAACUGAAUGUUCAUGUAGCAGGUGCAAGGGGAAUAUUAAAGCAACUGGGAUCGGCAA